AUGCACGGUAGUCCUUCAUCCACGACACCUCGUGGGACUCCUUCUCGUCGAGGGAAAUCUCCUCGAUUUUCUUCCGACAGCCUUCCACAGGCAGGAUCUAGCUCAUUGCCAACCAACUUGUCCAAUAAACCCACGACAACCUUUGUAUCAUCUCUUGAUAUCCCUGUUCAAGGCGCUGUUCCAAUCGAGCCCGAAAAUUCCAAGGGUGGUACGAGCAACAAUAAUCCACCAUCUACCCCGCUCGAGUCGAAACGAGCGCCUCGAAAAUCGAAGACGGAUGCGCUAGCUGCGUUGAAUAAUCAGGCGAGAUCAUCUUCAGCUGGCCCGGACGAUAUGGAUGCUCCCGAGGACCUUACGGAGAAAUAUCGAAACGCGCCUCCGAUUCCGGUGCCACCACGUCUUGAUUUAUCCUCAGUAAAGACAAUGAGUUCUCGUGCAGCAAUGGAUGUUAUUCAAGAUCCUAGACCUUUCGGACUUUCUGAUUGUCCAGAAUUUUUUCCAACUGUGGAAGAAUUUCAGGAUCCAAUGGCAUACAUCAAGUCGAUCUCACCUAGAGCCAAAGAAUUUGGCAUUUGCAAAAUCAUUCCUCCAGAGGAAUGGAAAAUGCCAUUCGUAACUGACACGGAGGUGAAAGCCAUAUUGUGA